AUGACGGAUGCAGGGGUUGUGUGUAAACAGCUGGGCUGCGGAUCGGCUGUAUCAGCACCAGGCGGGGCUCACUUCGGAGAGGGUUCUGGACCAAUCUGGCUGGAUGAUGUUUCCUGCAUCAGUUCUGAUUCAGCUCUGCGGGACUGUAGCUCUAAUGGGUGGGGAAAGCAUGACUGUGGUCACCAUUUAGACGCUGGAGUGAUCUGUUCAGGACAUAGAGCAGUGCGGUUAAGCGGUGACAGCAACCUCUGCUUUGGGAGAGUUGAAGUACUGCAUGGGCAGACCUGGGGAACGGUCUGUGAUGCUGACUUUGACUGGCAGGAUGCAGAGGUUGUCUGUCGGGAGCUGAAGUGUGGAAUUCCUAAAGAGGUGCUGGGAGGAGCCCCUUUUGGAGAGGGGCAGGGUACGGUCUGGUCCGAGGAGAUGCAGUGCCAGGGAAAGGAGCCCCAGAUCUAUAAGUGUUUGACUUCACCCAGCAAGAAGCAGAGCUGCACACACAGGAACGACGUGGGCCUUGUCUGUUUCGGGUACACUGAGUACAGGCUGGUGGGUGGCCCGGACUCCUGUUCUGGUCGAGUGGAGCUGCAGUACGAUGGUCAGUGGGGGACGGUCUGCGAUCGCUAUUGGGAUCUACAGGACGCCACAGUUCUCUGCAAGCAGUUGAAUUGUGGGUAUGCUGUAUCAGUCCCGGGACAGGCCAGGUUUGGUGAAGGCAGCGGUGAUGUACGGGCUGAUAUAUUCGACUGUGAUGGCAGUGAGACACACAUAUCAAAUUGCUUCAUCUCUGCAUGGGGACGAGGUAACUGCACUCAUAGCAAUGAUGCAGGAGUGAAUUGUUCAGGUCCAUUGCUACCAGCACAAGCAGGUCGAGUCGGGCCUCUACCAAGUAAAUGCAACACCAGUAAUGAAGGGACCACGCUCUGCUCAGAUCACACGGCCCUCAGGCUGGUUGGGGGAGGAGGUGCCUGCGCUGGGAGGGUGGAGGUUUAUCACAACGGCUCCUGGGGGACGGUCUGCGAUGACUCCUGGGACCUGGCAGAUGCUGAGGUUGUGUGUAAGCAGCUCCAGUGUGGGACGGCACUCAACGCCUCAGUGUCAGCCUCCUUCGGCCAGGGGACCGGACCCAUCUGGCUGGACGAGCUGCGCUGUCAGGGGAACGAAUCGACUCUGUGGGAGUGUGCCUCAGGAGGGUGGGGGCAACACAACUGCAGACACAAGGAGGACGCGGGAGUCGUGUGUUCAGGACAUAGAACAGUGCGGUUAAGUGGUGGCAGCGAUCUCUGUUCUGGGAGAGUUGAAGUACAGCAUGUAGAGACCUGGGGAACGGUCUGUGAUGCUGACUUUGACUGGCAGGAUGCAGAGGUUGUCUGUCGGGAGCUGAAGUGUGGAAUUCCUAAAGAGGUGCUGGGAGGAGCCCCUUUUGGAGAGGGGCAGGGUACGGUCUGGUCCGAGGAGAUGCAGUGCCAGGGAAAGGAGCCCCACGUCAGUAGGUGUUUGACUUCACCCAGCAACAAGCAGAGCUGCACACACAGGAACGACGUGGGCCUUGUCUGUUUCGGGUACACUGAGUACAGGCUGGUGGGUGGCCCGGACUCCUGUUCUGGUCGAGUGGAGCUGCAGUACGAUGGUCAGUGGGGGACAGUCUGCGACCGCUAUUGGGAUCUACAGGACGCCACAGUUCUCUGCAAGCAGUUGAAUUGUGGGUACGCUGUAUCAGUCCCGGGGCAGGCCUGGUUUGGUGAAGGCAGCGGUGAUGUACGGGCUGAUAUAUUCGACUGUGAUGGCAGUGAGACACACAUAUCAAAUUGCUCCAUCUCUGCAUGGGGACGAGGUGCCUGCACUCAUAGCAAUGAUGCAGGAGUGAAAUGUUCAGGUCCAUUGCUACCAGCACAAGCAGGUCGAGUCGGGCCUCUACCAAGUAAAUGCAACACCAGUAAUGAAGGGACCACGCUCUGCUCAGAUCACACGGCCCUCAGGCUGGUUGGGGGAGGAGGUGCCUGCGCUGGGAGGGUGGAGGUUUAUCACAACGGCUCCUGGGGGACGGUCUGCGAUGACUCCUGGGACCUGGCAGAUGCUGAGGUGGUGUGUAAGCAGCUCCAGUGUGGGACGGCACUCAACGCCUCAGUGUCAGCCUCCUUCGGCCAGGGGACCGGACCCAUCUGGCUGGACGAGCUGCGCUGUCAGGGGAACGAAUCGACUCUGUGGGGGUGUGCCUCAGGAGGGUGGGGGCAACACAACUGCAACCACAAGGAGGACGCGGGAGUCGUGUGUUCAGAGUUCAAGGAUCUUAGACUGGCUGAAGGCUGCUCCGGACCAAUAGAGGUUCUCUACAAUGGCACCUGGCGUAGUGUCUGCAGCAACAGAAUGACACAGAUUACAGCUUCAGUGAUAUGUCAGCAGCUGAAUUGUGGAGAAAGUGCUGCCAUUAGAGAUGCACAAUCCAGUUCUGAUUACAAAUGGCUUGAUGAAUUGAACUGCCGAAGACACGACUCUACACUGUGGCAGUGUCCAUCCUUACCCUGGGGUCAGACAAAUUGCUUUAACAAUGAGGUGGCUGUGAUUGAGUGCACAGUGAAAGAGAAGCCGCCUGUCACCAGCAUACCCAAGUCAUGCUCUGAAGACCUCACUCAAGAGCACUGCACAGAGCCAGCAGAGCUGAGGCUAGCUGGAAGCUCAAGUCCCUGCUCCGGACGGGUGGAGGUGCGGUUCGAGGGGUCCUGGGGGACAGUCUGCGGUGACUCCUGGGACCUGAAGGACGCCCAGGUGGUCUGCAGACAACUAGGCUGUGGGGCAGCAGAGAGCACGGGGCGGGGUGAGGCUACGUUUGGACAAGGGAACGGCACCAUCUGGCUGGACGAGUUGAACUGCAGGGGCAGCGAGAUGCACCUGUGGGACUGCCGGCACUCUCCACUGAGACACAAUGACUGCGACCACAAAGAGGAUGCAUGGGUUACCUGUGCAGAAGCCUCUCCAUCCAGGCUGCAGCCACAGAGAGAUAUGACCAUCCCAGUGAUAGCCUGCAUCGUACUGGGAGCUCUGCUCUUUGUGGUACUGGUCCUGUUAGCCUGGCAGCUGCAGCACAACAGGAUGCUGAGGAGAGGGAUUGCUAAUGAUGUGCUUGACCCCGUUUACGAGGAGAUUGAGUACAAACUGGCCAGACAGGGAACCGAUGGUGCACCCAGGAGAGGGAGUUUCCUUUCUGAUAAGCUGCCCUCUGACUACGAUGAUGUGGAGGACAGUGAGGGGAACCCCAUCCCAGGUGAAUCGAUGCCCUCUCUGGAAGGAGAGACCCCAAGGAACUAUGACGAUGCCGUCCCUAUGAACAGUAACCCAAAAUAUUUAUCAGGGAGUUUCCAUUCUGACGAACUUCCCUCUGGCUACUAUGAUGUGGAGGACAGUGAGGGGAACCCCAUCCAAGGUUUUCCCCUCACUCCCCCUGGAGAGGAGAGUGCCCAGGCCGCACUGCCCCCUGAAGAAGGACCCGCUGCACCUGACAGGACUGACUACGAUAAUGCUGGGGAGGAGUCUCCAGGAGAGGUUGGGGCGCUGUGA